GAAAAAUGGGGGAAAGCAUCUAAACAUCAGGAAAAUCCACAAAAAUCUAUAUUUAUUUAUAUAUAAAUAAGAUAAAGAUAAAAUAAAAAAUAAAAUAAAAUAAUAAUCAAACUAAGUGUAAUCGGAGUAACCAGUUGAACCGUUACACCUGAGGGAAAGCCGAUGUCGUCGCCGGCGGCGAGCUUCAUCUGCAGCUUCUCAGCUCCGAUUUUUGCCCCUCGCACCUAUCUAACCUCUCCGUGCACCCAAUUAAAGACUAACCGGUGCGGCGGUCGGAGAGUGUUGUUAUUCAGAGUUAAGUGCCGGCCGGAGCAGAGCACGAGUGAAAUCCUUAAGGAUUCUGAGUCCGAAAUCACGGAGUCGACUUCUGCUGACGAUACUCGCCGGUGGUAUGGAGUCCUUGGAGGUCUGGGGUUUCUGGAGACUUCCUACCUCACAUUCCUAAAACUUACUCAGUCCGAAGCUUUUUGCCCUGUUAAUGGUGGCUCUUGUGGCAGCAUCCUUAACAGUGAUUACUCCCUCGUCUUUGGUGUUCCACUUCCCUUGAUUGGUAUGCUUUCAUAUGGCACAGUUGCAACUCUUGGCCUGUAUCUAAGUGGAAAGAGACUGCCUUUUGAAAUUGACGAAACCAACGCCCGUUCAAUUUUACUUGUUACAACUACCUCCAUGGCGGUAGCAAGUUCGUACUUUUUGUAUAUUCUUAGCACACAGUUUUCAGGGGAAUCGUGUUUGUAUUGUCUGGCUUCAGCUGCUCUGUCCUUGAGCUUGUUCUUCAUAACCAUAAAGGAUUUCGGAUCAAAGCAACUGGUUUUACAGCUGUGUGUAGCUAUUUUUGUGGUUACUGCCUUGAGUACCUCUUACAAUAUGUCCCAGCCUAUCUCGACAAGUCUGGCCGAGGUCGAACUACCCUAUGUCAAGCCUGAGGUCACGACAAAAUCAAGUCCUUGGGCUGUCUCGCUCGCAAAGCAUUUACGCUCAAUAGGAGCAAAAGUGUUUGGAGCUUUCUGGUGUUCACACUGUCUAGAGCAAAAAGAGAUGUUUGGACGUGAGGCUGCAGAGAUAUUGGAUUAUGUGGAAUGCUUCCCUGAUGGAUACAGAAAAGGAACUAAAAUAGCCAAGGCCUGUGCAGAUGCCAAGAUUGAAGGGUUCCCUACAUGGGUGAUUAAUGGAGAGGUUUUGAGUGGAGAGUUAGAUUUGUCAGAGCUUGCAAAAGCCUCUGGAUUUGAACUAGAAGAGCUCAAUCAAGCUAACUAGGAAUUUUUGUUUGUUUUCCCCAAUGAGGAUGGGGUUUUGUAAUUCUUGUACAGCAUAUAGAAAGUCAUUACUCUUUGCUUCUCAUCAUCUUGUGCCUUUUUUUCAUUUGUUAGCUUUAGCAGUUUUCUCCAUUACUGAAACUGAUGAGUGGGAAGUUCUUGAAAGAUGGAUGGUCAAGAAGCACGUAUACUGUAUUUCACAGAAUAACCUAAAAGACGUAGCAGUCAAUAUGAUGUUGUAAGAUGUAAAUCUAUCUGCAGAACAGUUUUACUUCUUGUAUCUUUUGGGAAUAUUCUUCUAAUCUGAAGUUUGAAAUAUUUUCACUUUACGACCCAA